UUCGCCUAAAGUCAUUAUGAUCAGAAAAUCUCAGGGAUUAUGCAAAGAUUAGGCUUUAUGAAGAAUCUAAGACAUUUGAAGCAACGAUAGAUCAGGAGAACAUGGAUCUAGCUUUUGGCAUAGCAUAUUCAAAUAUUUCUACAUAUUUUGAUUAGUUAGAGCAAGAAAGUUAUUGGCUCCGCCAAUAACUUGCUGCUACUUUGCUCAUAAUUCCAAAAGACUUGUAAAUAUCUUAUGCUGAUAAUGAAGAAUUUCUCCAAAACAAAGUCCAAUGCAUUCAAAAUUAUUGUUGUUGGUGAUAAAAGAGUAGGAAAAUCCAACAUAGUCACUAGAUUCACUCAGAAUGAGUUCAGCCUAGAGAGCUCCUCCAGCCCAAUGAUUAACAUUUACACUGAUAUGAAGAUCAAGCCAGACAGGUCUUCAGAGCUAAGAAGAAGCUGCUCCAAGGAAGAAGAGGAGGUUAAGUUCCAUAUCUGGGACACUGAGUGACAAGAAGAACCCCAUAGCUUACACCUAUACUUCAAGGGAUGCCAUGGAAUCAUGCUUGUGUAUGACGUCACUAAACAACAUUCAUUUGAGAGUCUCUCAGGAUGGAUGGACACCAUCAAGGAACACCUUCCAGAAACAAAUAUCGUAUUGGUUGGCAACAAGUCUGACCUACACAAUCUCAAAACUGUAUGAGCCGAAGAUGGUCAGGCAUUUGCUGAUUCUCACGGGAUACCUUUUUAUGAAGCAAGUGCUCUUGAUUGAAGUAAUAUCAACGAAGCAUUUGAAGAUCUUCUCCAAUCAGUAAUCGAUUCCAGAGAGAGCCAUGAUGGAGCAUCUACAUCAGCAUAGUGCAUUUCUAAUUUCUAUUCGUCAAAAUUUACCUUA